AAUGCGUUUGGAGUUGACAGACUGCGGCAGCAUAUGGAAAAGAAUUCGUUCCAAUUCUGCUCGGUGCACUCGAAGCUGUUUCCCGUCAUCGCCAUCUCCGUCUCUUAUCUGAAAAUACACCUUCCCCACGAGGAGGAGAGGGUAGCUGGGGAGGAUUUGGAUUUGGGUAGCUAGCGACUGCUCGGAACCCUAGCUAGCCCCGGCCGCCGGCGGGCGAUGGCGGCGGCGGUGUUCCGCUCGGGGGCGAGGCGGGGGGACGCCUUCGCGGCCCUGGAGGACGCGGGCUCCGCCACGCGCGGGCGGCAGGCGGCCUCCGGAGGCAGCGGCGGCGGCGGGGGCAGCAGCGUCCGGCGGUCGAGGAGCCUGAGCCGGUUCCCGCCGCCGUCGCCGUCGCCCGAGGACGAGGCGACGCCGUCCUCGAGGUUCGUCAACAAGGUGCGGGGCGGCGCGUUCCCGCCGGAGGUCAGCCUCGACGACCUCGCCGACGAGUUCUUCCGGGCCAGGGCGGAGUCCGAAGACGACGACGAGGAGGAAAGUGUUGGGCGCGGCCGGUCGAGGUUCCCGGCGCCCGCCGAGAAGGGCGGCGGCGGCGGUCGGCGGAGCUCCACCGCGCGGUACGCCAGGGAGACGGAGUCGUCGCUGCAGCGGGGGCGCUCCGUGUCGCGGCCGCCGGCCGAGCGACGAGGCGUGGCGCCCAGUGCGGCGAAUGGCGGCCCUGCGGCGAGGAGGCAGCGGUAUGCGUCAGUGGACCGGCGCGCUUCCAUGGAUCGGCAUCGGUGGUGCGAUUCUGAUAAUGAUAUGGAAGUUUCUCACCGGAAUGUUUCUAGGGGGAUACAUACUAAAAGUAGUAGUGGCAAUAGCCUGCAGAAUUCAUUCAAUAAGCCAUCUAAAGCAAAUCAAGCUUUGAAGAGGUCUACAAGUCAAAAGGAUUUCUUUUAUUCACGAGAUAGCAGCUCGAGCCAUUCUUCGCUUACUGAUGAUGAUUCUAGGAGUUCUCACUCUUUCCAUAUCAGGAAUCAGAAGGCAGUAUAUGGUCUUGACAAGGACCACCAAAUUAGUGAUGAGGCUGGAAAUGUAUUGUAUGAUGUAAUGCGUAAAGAAGUUAGGCAAGCUGUUGAAGAAAUCAGGACUCAGCUUGAAAAGGCCGUGACAAAAUCAGAACCUCCAGAAAAGGCAUUAAGUAGUGAUGCACAACCAACUCAAGUUAUUACUGAGCUCCGAAGGAGCUAUACUAGUAAAUUGGAAGAGUCAGAGAAGCGGAAACAGGAAUUGUUAGCUCAAUUGGCCGCAGAAGAACAACAUGGUCAUGAGCUCACAAAAAUAGUUAGAGAACUGCUACCUACUCCUAAGAAGACUGCAAAUCUCCAAAGGCAGCCGCGGCACAGAAGGAGGAGCAAUGAUAGAUCAAAGGUGUCAAAACGACUUACUGAAGAGGCCGAGCAAUACUUUGAAGAUUUCCUAUCAAACGUUGAAGACACCGACUUUUCAUCUUUUGAUGGAGAAAGAAGUGACACAAGUUCAACAAGGAAAGAUGUGUUACAUCAUGCUAUGAUGGAAACUCCAGUGGCUCUCCCGAAAGUUGCUUCACCUGCUGAGGCAGAUGGCGUUGUCCUUCCUUGGCUGCAAUGGGAAACUGCCAAUGAUCUUCAAACCUCCCCAUGCAAAACCAAGGCUGAGGGAGAAAGCAUGGCAUGCAGCACUAGCAAUCAGACUGUGAGCAGCCGUGGGAGCUGGAGCCCUGGAGACUACUCCACUUCAACUGCCUCUAAAGAUAAACUGCUGGCCAGGUUUGAGGAGGUCGGGAUUCGCCAAAGCAGCUGCCCUCAUUUUGCUGGAACCUCGUCAUUUCACAUUGACGACUAUCUGCAUCUGCGGCAGAGUGAGGACCUCCUCUUUGAGAAGUGGAGGCAGAAGCAAAGAAUCGAGUCUGGCGGCCUGUUCCUGUGCAGUAGACCGACAAUAUUGUAGAUUAUGGCCAAUUAUUUAUCGGCCUGGUCCUGGCAGGAUGAGUGUAGUAGUGUACCUAAUUUGGUAGGCAAUGGGUUUGAGUUAGGCCAAUAAAUGUGCAGGUUUACAUUUGGUUGCCAUGUUAGUUCAUAACUUCAUACACUUCCAUUUUUGUACGUCGGCGAUGUUUCAACCAGAACAGAUUAUGUUUCCUUGGGACUGUAAAUUUCUUCAUCGCUCCAUCCCUAUGAACUUGCAAGAGAUUCGUGUUAGCAACCAAAAUUGCUCUGUCCUUCCCAAAAA